UCGCUUGUGCGUCCACAACAUCACACUUGGUGUCCUAAACGAUGCUUACACUCUCAGCCGGAGUCUUAAAUCUGUACACAAUGCAGAAGAAUUGUGUCCACAGAAAUGUGAUCCACAGCUGUGGGUGGAGACCGCAGGAUAAAUGGAGAGCGAACAGUAUGUGUGCGUUUUCGCAUCUUCCCCACUUCUACUUUCUUACCCUGCCUCGUAUCUAUCGUCAUCUGUAUCUGCAUCCCCUGCAGACAGUUUUUAUUUAUUACACAAUCCUCAUCGUCGCUCUUGUCGCCUCUACUUGAUCACUGAUCCACAUUCCCCUUCCGGCCAUCUCACUUUCCAGAAACCGAGUUUAUCUUGGAGUUUUUGGUAUCACCAUGACGUCCCCCACAUCCCCGAAGGCAUCCUCCCGACGUGUGCUUAGAAUUACUAUUCCGGCGGUUAAAAAUACGACUCCAUGGCGCUGCAUGGCACUAGUAUUGCGGUCCUCAAGAUCGUCUGCGCUUUCGUGGAAACGAUUGCUUCGCCCCUUACGAAAGAACAAAUCUUUCCGCAAUGGCGAAACACAUCUCGCCGAAGAUCUUGCCUCACCUUCGUCCGAGACCCUUGUCGGGUCUCCGGUCGAGGACAAACUAACUAGUCCGAAACUGGUCCGUUUCGAUGAGUCGCCAACGUAUUUUCCCACCAGGCGUCGAAUCAAGCCUCACAAGUCCCCCACUCCAAAGGGGGCAUUGCGUUCCUGUCUUGUUGCAAAUAACACCGACCCUUUCAAAGAGUUUCUUUCGGAUGACGAUGACGACGUCUCCGUAUAUGAAGACUGCCUUACUUCCUACCCUGGCUUUUUCAAGGACAUGGAGGAUCUUCUCGAGCGCGAACAUCUCAAGCAGAUAGAAAUUGAAAAAUCCCGCUCUCCUUGGGAGCUCACUGAAUUUGGCUGCACGAAGAUGGAUCCGCAAGAGCAUUUACGCUCCUGCUUGGCUAAGCAAGCAGAGAGAAAAUCACGACAAGACAUUGAAGGUUGGAGGAAGGUCGUCUACGACCAUCCGAUGACGCUACGCUGGCCCAGCCGGGAGAUCACUGAGCGGCCAGUUAAGGAACCUCCAAUCAUUUCCAUGACGCCCCCGCUCCUUUUCGUUUCAGAGCCCACACUAGUGGCUCUCAAUUGGCAUCAGCAGAUUGCGAGUGAUGUCACUGACAUGCUGCUUUCGUUAUGCUUUGGACUUACCAUUUACAUGUGCAUUUAUAUUUUGGGCAUCUAUUGUUUCUUCAGUGGCGUCCUCCUGGAUGAAGAGUAACAACCGUCAUUACUCAAGGUAGUUUACUAUGUAACGCUUAGCACUAUUGCAAUGUACCGUUAAAUCGAUAUCUAAUAACUUGCGGUGUGUCAGUCGCUAGUUGUUUGUUUG